AUGACACUUUCGCUUGUUAAUAAAAAUUCCAUUGUGACCGGCGGUUCCCGGGGGAUUGGCCUCGCAAUAGCGCAGGAGUUGGCACGCAGGGGAGCGUCGGUUCUCAUUACAUAUGUGUCUUCGAAACCAAGAGCCGACAAGGCUGUCUCCGAGAUCCAGAGCGUUGCUCAAAAGGAAGCGAAAGUCGCAGCUAUCCAGGCUGACUCCGCAAAUUCCGCCGAAGCCGCUCAUCUUAUCGUGGCCGAAGCUCAUAAGAUCUUCGGCUUCAUUGAUAUCAUUGUAAACAAUGCGGCGGACGGUUCAGAUAUCAAUUUGGCGGCGGUGACAACAGACAACUUUGACCAUUUAUUUCACGCGAACGUCUUGUUCCCUUUGCUCUUUGUCAGAGAGAGCCGACAACUUCUGCGAAAGAAGGCUCGGAUCGUGAAUAUUAGCUCUACAUCAGCACGUCGUCGGCGAGAGUUUGAAGCCACCGUUAAUGCGGUAAACCCUGGACCCGUGAGAACGGACAUGUGGAACAAUACUCCAGGACACGAUGAGGUAGAAAGGGCUAUUCAUACCGCUACAGCCACGGGUGACCGUAUAGGUAAUCCAUCAGAUAUCGCAGAUAUCGUCGCCUUUUUGUGUGAAGAACAGUCGAGAUGCCUGGAAUAA